AUUUGCUUUCAUAAAAAACUGAGAUAUAGCAUUUGAAACACGCCAAUCUUUCAACUCACAAAACAAUCUACAAGGUUUUUUUUCAUUUCCGAAACAAUAUUAAAAAAAAAAAAAACAAUAUCCGAAACGAACAAUUAACAAUUUCUGUUACAUCUGAUGUUUUUUUUGCUUGUUAAUGUGUCAAACAUUGAAGUUAAGAAAGAAAGUCGAUAGGCAUAGAGAGAAGAAGACAAAAACAACAGCAUAGACAACGAAUCAGUGCGCUCCCAAACACAAAUUUGGAGAAAGUGGAUCGACUUGUCGGAUUUACUAAUAUCAUAAUUCAAAAUUGAUAUUUGAAGAAAAUUGGAACACAAACAUUUUUAUACAUUAUUAUUGACUGUAGCUGAAGCAGAAGAAGAAGAAUUAAAAAAAAAACUUUCUAUAUUGGAAUUGCCGACUGUUUUACAAUGUAAAAGUAUUUUAUUUGUCGUGAAGCGAUUGAACUGGUUCAUUUUUUAUUUUAGCGGCUAUAUUCUACUUCGAAUUAGGAAACCAUAGAACAUCGACAAUAUGAUCACAACAAAAACUCAAAGCGUAACAACGUCAAGCAAUGGCAUCCAUCAGAAAAAGGAAGUUAACGAUAAAACACACAGCGGCGUUUAUCACAUAUUCUUUUCACUAUUAUUGGAUUUGCUGGCAUUCACGAUAAUUUUACCGCUGUUGCCAACAAUUCUUGAACGAUAUCGACAUGACGACAGCAGCGGGUUAUACAUUCGAUUAUCCUCACAAAUUCGAUAUUUUCAAGAAAUGGUCGGUGCUCCCGAUAAAUACAGCUCAGUAUUAUUUGGUGGUUUUCUUGGAUCCAUGUUCAGUUUUUUACAAUUUGUUGUAAGUCCCAUAAUGGGCGCACUUUCUGAUUGCUAUGGCAGAAAGCCAAUUUUACUCAUCAGUUUGAUUGGAAUCUCAUUUUCGUAUGUAUUGUGGGCACUCUCGUCAAAUUUCUUCUUAUUCGUGCUGGCACGAUUUGUUGGCGGUUUAAGCAAAGGCAACAUUGCACUAAGUAUGGCAAUCAUCACUGAUGUAUCGGAUGUGAAAAAUCGAGGCAAAGCCAUGGCAUUGGUCGGCAUUGCAUUCUCAAUUGGUUUCAUUAUUGGACCGAUGAUCGGUGCUUUAUUCUCAAUAUACACAGAUAAAACAUCCAGCAUGUGGUUCUGGUAUCCAGCAUCGUUUGCAUUUUUACUCAGUUUAGCUGAUGUGCUCUUUGUUUACAGAUUUUUCAACGAAUCUUUACCAAAGGAAAAGCGAUCAAAACAAGUAAUUGGCUCGGUUCGACAAGCCUUCGAUCACAUUGAUAUUCGUGCCAUAUUCAACUUCGUCGCCGUGAAGAAUCUCAAGAAAAACGAACUAUACUGUUUGAAACAAAUAGGUCUUAUUUACUUUAUUUACUUAUUCAUAUAUUCGGGUCUGGAGUUCACCAUCACAUUCUUAAUGUACCACAAGCUGGGUUAUACUUCUGUCGAUCAAGCCAAAAUGUUUGUUACCACUGGUGUUGUAAUGGCCAUUUUACAAGGAUCAGUUGUACGACGUUUGCCGCCACAAUGUGUUAAACCAUCGGCCGUAUUUGGAUUGUAUUUGAUUGUUCCUGCAUUCAUUUUGGUUGGAUUGGCCGACGAUAGCAAAUUUUUGUACGCUGGAAUGAUAUUGUUUGCAGUUUCAACGGCAUUUGUGGUGACAUGCAUGACAACCUUAAUAUCUGAAUAUGGUACAUAUGAUCAAAAAGGAGUCGUAUUAGGCAUUUUCCGAUCGAUUGGGGCUUUGGCUCGAGCACUUGGACCUAUUUUUGCAUCGAUAGCUUUUUGGGGAAUCGGUGCGUCAUUCACAUAUAUCGUCGGCGGCAUUCUUUUAUUAAUACCAACAUUCCAAUUGCAAUUUCUAAAGUUAACUAAAUUAGAAUAAGCUUUAUUUACAAUGUAAAUACAAAAAAAUUGAAGAAGAAUGUAACACUUGACAAACAAUGUUCUUCUUAAAUUUACCCGCCUUCUACAUAAAAAUGUACAACACACAUUGUUUGUCAUGUACACUUAUGGGCAAUUAUGAAGCAAUAUUUAGAAUUUAUAUGCAUAUUUAGAAAGCAUGAAAAAUCUUAUUCCAUUCAAUUGCUCAUUUCAAAAGUGAUCUUAGAGUGAUAGAGUAAAAACAAGCUUAGAAUGUCAUACUCUUUGAGUAUAUAAAAAAAGAUCAAAACAAUUUUUUUUUUGAACAACGAAUUUUCUUUAAAUACAUAAAUUGUGCCUUAAGUUAACACAUCGCCUAAUUGUAGAAAUCAUAGCUUCUUUGAUCAAUAUUUUUUUAUACAAUACGUAUUUUUUACAUCACAUUUUUUAAUCGAAGUAAAUUAUAUGCAAUCACCCAACAUUGGGACAAUGUUA